AUGCCGGCGCCCCGGGGAGCCACUGGGACGAGUCUGCGGUCUCCGCCGGCAGCCAGCCACCCUGAAGUUGGGCUGGGCAACGAAACCGCCCCCCCCACAGAUCGCCGAAACACGCCCGCCCCCCGGAACCAAGCCCCGACGACCGACCCCAACACCCAACGCGACCGCACACCGCACACAGAAUUAACCCAAGAGCAAAAAGGCCGCCCGGCGCCCAACCGCAAGAGCAGACCACAGCUGACGCAACCACCCCCCCCAGCAACAAAGCGGAGCGAACAACGCCGAUCCCCCACCAGACGAAGCCAGAGCAGUACAGCCGCGUCCGCCGCCCCCCUGCCGCCCGCACCAGCCCCCGACCCGCGGCCGAGGCACUUCCUCCGCCUCCGACCUGCGCCGGCCGGAGCCACUCCAACCCCCACCAGCCCGCAGCCACACCCUCCGCAAUCAUCGGGAACAAAGCAGCUCCACCAUGCCUCCAAGUGGGAAAACCCACCCGAAAACCCAAUCAGCGCAUCCAGCCCAUCCACACCAUCCACACGCCGCCAGCAGGACCCCCACCCAACGGGGCCGCCCGCCCCCCGAGAAAACAGAUAUGCCAAUCCCCCCCAAAAAAAGAACGCCAAGCAGAAAAGCCCCCACAAUGCGACACUCCCCUCCCCUCGAACCGAUGCCACAAGACCGGUAUCGGAAAAAGCAUCACCCAGGAACCAUCGAAGUGAAGGCACCGGCACCGAGAAUCCCUAA